GAUGAUGUUGCCAUCAGAAUCAUCCAUUUUUAAAUGUUGUUUUAGUGGAAGGAUUUUCAAUAAACGUGAUUGAAGUGGCUUAUAUUACAGGUUAUAUAUUUUUUUCAUGUCAUGCCUAAAGUUUUACUGUCACAAAUUAUUUACCUAUCCUAAACUCAAAGUAUUUCAAAGUUGCAAAUAUGUUGCUUUUCUUUGUCAGUGUAGUAUAGUGACAAAUCAUUAAAAUCUCAGGGGACAGUGUGCUUCCUUGAUUUAAUAUUGCAGAACCUCUUCUAACCAGUCACUUACCUAGUUAAACACACACACACACCACAAAGCAGCUGAUCAUGUAACUCAUAUGGCUGUGAGAACAGCAUUCUCUCUGCCAGAUUCAGAGCUUGGAAGCUGGAAAACAAUUGCAUAGCAGUGAAACACUUACGGAGUAGUGGUGCCAGCAGCUCACUCUCAUUAAUACAAACAGCUUGCUUUAGUUUUUUCAAUGCUCUUUGUCAGACACCCUUCUUCAGACACCCUUCCCUUGGGAGGUUUCAGAUCAGCAGCUCCUACUCAAGGGAAACAGCACCUACUUUCUGCAACUGUGGCCUCAAGAUCUGAUUCGUGACACCCAGAGCUGUUUCCAUUUCUGCUCUAAGUAUGGGAAGUAAUCUUGUAGUGUGGAGGAAAAACAUAUACCCUCAACUUCACCAGAUAUAAAGUGGAAAGUGCAGUGGUUCAUGAAGCAGCUGAACCAGCCACAACUUGCAUUAAAGGAAGAUGAGAUGCUCCACGUCAUUUGCAGCUUUCUUCAAAAGAAAAAUCACUAGUGCUCUGCUCUUGCCAUAAUACCAAACCUUUUGACAUAUGCUUUGGUGCUGCAACACUGGAAGAAUUGCACACAGGUUCCAGGAAUACCUUUUUUUUCAUUUGAGUGAUUCUUUGUGGAUGGAAAGAGAUUUGAGUCUUAAUAAUUACCCUGUUUUAAAGCUAUUUCUCUAUAGUCUGAACUGCGUAAUAAAUUAGGCCACUUACCAAUGAGCCACACAGUCAGUCCUUGUCAGGAGCUGGUUGAAAACUGUGCUGUGCAUGUAGCAGGGAUGGCACAAGAAGAUAGCCGUCGUGGUCAAGUGCCAUCUACCUUUUAUCAUGGUGCCAACCAGGAACUUGACCUGUCCACCAAAGUGUACAAAAGGGAAUCAGGAAGUCCUUAUUCUGUGUUAGUGGACACCAAGAUGAGCAAACCACAUCUCCAUGAAACAGAGGAGCAGCCAUAUUUCAGGGAGACAAGAGCAGUGUCUGAUGUGCAUGCUGUUAAAGAAGACCGGGAGAAUUCUGAUGACACAGAAGAGGAGGAGGAGGAGGAAGUCUCCUACAAAAGGGAGCAGAUCAUAGUGGAGGUAAACCUUAAUAAUCAAACAUUAAAUGUAUCUAAAGGGGAAAAGGGUGUCUCUUCUCAGUCCAAAGAGACUCCUGUUCUUAAGACAAGCAGUGAGGAGGAAGAGGAAGAGAGUGAGGAAGAGGCCACGGAUGACAGUAAUGACUAUGGAGAAAACGAAAGGCAGAAGAAAAAGGAGAAGAUAGUGGAGAAAGUCAGCGUUACACAAAGGAGAACGAGGAGGGCUGCCUCUGUUGCCGCAGCUGCCACUUCCCCUACUCCCAGAGCUACAAGAGGUCGUAGGAAGAGUGUAGAGCCACCUAAGCGUAAGAAGCGGGCCGCAAAGGAGCCCAAAGCGCCAGUCCAGAAAGCUAAGUGUGAAGAGAAAGAGACUCUGACCUGUGAGAAGUGCCCCAGGGUGUUUAAUACUCGCUGGUACCUGGAGAAGCACAUGAACGUUACUCAUAGGCGCAUGCAGAUUUGUGAUAAGUGUGGCAAGAAGUUUGUCCUGGAAAGUGAGCUGUCCCUUCACCAGCAAACAGACUGUGAAAAAAAUAUUCAGUGUGUUUCCUGUAAUAAAUCAUUCAAGAAACUCUGGUCCCUUCAUGAACAUAUCAAGAUCGUCCAUGGAUAUGCAGAAAAGAAAUUUUCCUGUGAAAUUUGUGAGAAGAAAUUCUACACCAUGGCUCAUGUACGGAAACACAUGGUUGCACACACGAAAGACAUGCCAUUUACCUGUGAAACCUGUGGAAAGUCAUUCAAACGCAGUAUGUCACUCAAGGUGCACUCCUUGCAGCACUCGGGAGAGAAGCCCUUCAGAUGCGAGAACUGUGACGAAAGGUUUCAGUACAAGUACCAGCUACGCUCCCACAUGAGCAUCCACAUUGGGCACAAACAGUUCAUGUGCCAGUGGUGUGGCAAGGAUUUCAACAUGAAGCAGUACUUCGACGAACACAUGAAAACACACACUGGAGAGAAACCCUUUAUCUGUGAAAUCUGUGGCAAAAGCUUCACCAGCCGCCCCAACAUGAAGAGGCACCGCAGAACUCAUACAGGCGAGAAGCCCUAUCCGUGUGAUGUGUGCGGCCAGCGGUUCCGCUUCUCCAACAUGCUUAAGGCCCACAAGGAGAAGUGCUUUCGGGUGACCAGCCCCGUGAACGUGCCGCCUGCUGUCCAGAUCCCACUCACAACCUCCCCGGCCACCCCAGUUCCUUCUGUGGGGAGCACCCCCACGACCCCCGCCCCUCCCAGCAGCAUGAACCCCGUCAACACGCUAACCCCUCGGCCCAUGCCCCACCCCUUCUCGCACCUUCACAUCCACGCACACCCUCACCACCCACACCACCUUCCUAUCCCCCCAGUCCCUCACCUCCCCCCACCUCCAGCUCUCUUUAAGAGUGAGCCUUUAAAUAACAGGGGCCAGGGUGAGGACACCUUUCUGCGGCACCUGGCAGAGAAGAACAGUUCAGCCCAGCAUCACUAACCUCCAUCUCCUUAAAAUGUGCUCUCCACGAGUUCCGUGCCCCGGUGUGAGUUUGCAGAGUGGGGGUCGGUGAGCGUUUCUGUAGCUGUCAGACUCUCCUCAGCCUCCACCAAGAGCUUUGUCGUUGUCUUGGUGAAUCAGCACAUCCGAGGGAGUGGACAAGAAGACCUUGAGCUCACGGAGGGAACUGUCGAACCAGGGAACCACCGAACUAAAGCCCAAUUUGCUUGCAUUUUCUGGUGACUUUUAUAAAUUUCAAAUACUCAGACUUGUGGAAUUUUAUAAUUUCGUAUCAGCUGAUGAGGUAUGCUUGCUUUUAUAUCCUGGACUUCUCCUCAAAGAGGGGACAGGCCUGGUUUCCUUUGUACUAAUCGGGAAGGCUGUGACAUUAAUCCAGAGCAUUAAUUGUAUCACUGUGUAUCGUAACAUUCUUUGCAGCUUUUGGUGCUGGCUUCAGAGUUGAGCUAGCCAUGUUUCACAGUAUAUCAAGCAUUAUAGAGAAAGACAGAAAUUUUCUCCUUUGUGUAGCUCUCCUAAUGCACUCUUUAUUUUACUACAGAAAUUAUUUUAGAGUUUUUGUAUAGACUUCUUUAGUAGUCUGUUUCUAAAAUGAAAUGUAUUUCAAUAAGCAGUGUAAUUUUUUCAGUGUAGCUGGACCUAUGUUGUGAAAUAGAAAAAAUUUUUAUAAUCAUCAAAAUGUGAUUCUUAAAGAUGCAUAUAACUUCUAUAGUUCAAAGUUAUUCUUACAUCCGUACAACUCAAAGGUGCUUCAGAGACUAGAUGUAUCUGAAAGGGUCUCCAGACCAGGUUACUGCGAAAAUGAGGUUUUGCUUUCGGAAUUUGGCAUAAGUCCUUGGUAGUUUUUUAAUCUCUGCUUAACACUCGGGGGCCUGGUAGGCUCAUGGACAUGCUGUGUCCGCCAUGUUUCGUUCGAUUCAGUUAGCACGUUGUAUGGAAUGAUUUUGCAGAGGGUUGAGCCUUUUCCAGGGAGGUCACCUGAAGCUGGCCUGUUUUGAAAAUCUGAGUAAAGCUGUUCGCCGUCAAGAGGAGGAGGUGGCGGAGGCUGUUUCCUCUCAGUCACGUCUCGUUUCCCCCAGAAACGUGUUCAGGUUCAGCCUCUGUGGGACGACCAACUGAAGUCUCCUAAUACACUGCUCACGUUAAGGUUGCUUUAUUUUUCUAGAAUUGUUACAAAAAGAUAAAAUAGUACACUAAAAUCACAAACAUGAUGUUGCUGAUAGUGACUGAGAAAUUUGGAUAAGAACACAAAUUGGUUAUGACUUUUAAAAUGUCUCUUCUAUCCAUGGAUGUAGUCACAACUUCGAGCUAUUCUAACAGUUUAAAUUGUGGUGAGAGAGAGAAAACGACGUUUUGCUGCCCAGCCCUCUGCAAGCGAUGAUGCGAUAGCAGCCUUCUUGGUGAUAAGGAGAGCCGCAAAUGGGGCAGGUUUGAAAGAGUUUGGGUAACUUCUAAAGAGCAUGGUCAAUCAGGAGCUCAUUAUAAGAAAGGCUAAACAGAAGGGCUAACAGAUUGGUUAUAUUUAACUGAUCACAUUUAGCCAGACUCAGUGUAGCUAAAAAUUUUGUAAUUUUUCAUUCUCAGCGAACUGAGUUUCAAAGCAAGGUCUACUUUCUUUCUUUCUCUCUCUCUCUCUCAUUUUUUUAAUCUUGAAAUUUCUUCAUUUUUCUUUCCUCAAGGUUUUAAAUCUUUGCCUGAAUCAGAACCCUGACUUUUAUUUAUUUUUUAUUUUUAAUAUUAAGUGUGCAGAUAGACUUACAGCACUUUUCUGGCUGAUUAGCUCUGUGGUAGGAAAACUGGAACUCUUUCCAUUGAGGUUAAGUCCCUAUUUUUAAAAUAUCGCAUUCUCUGUUAGCUUUUUGGUUUAAUAUUUCCAGAUUUUUUCCUUCUGAUUACUGCCUUUGUCUUCUAUAAUGAGCAUAGGAAAAUUUGGGAAUGAGGUGGAAAAGUGUCUCAAGACAUACUUUUCCUGUUUUUGGAUGUAACUUCUAAGGAAUGUGGUUUUAAACAUUUGUAUACAUUCUUUGAACACUCAAGUACCCAAACCAAUAAGAAAAGUUAAUUCCUUAUUUUUGACUGUUAUAUCUUUAGUGGCUGCCUCCCCUUAUUUACACAGUCUCCUUGGCAUUCCAUGACAAGUUUGUGGAUAUACACCUUUGUGUGGACAUACCGUUAUUUCAUGUCCAAGCUUGUGAUAUUAAAAUGAUGUUUAAGAUGUAAAUUACAGCUUAGUUAAUUGGUUAUACCUUAUUUUGUUCUAAAUAAAUUUACAAUCUUGGGCAGCAGUUCUGAAUUCUAGACUUGAGACCACUGAAUCAACCAUUUUAUGAGGUGUACUAUAAUUACACACUGGAAAAUUCAGGUAGUCAUAUUUGAUUUUCCAUUCAAGUGAAUAUAGCCAUAAGAAAAUAUCUGCUACAUAGGAAAACCAAUAUUAAGCAAAUGAUCACCACCACCCUUAACAGAAGCAAAGAAAGGAUUAUCUUUUUUAAAAAAUCAGCAUUGUCACACAAUACAGUUCUUAGUGAAAUGUAUGGUGGAACAAUCUGGAAACUUCCAAUUUUUUUUCCCUCGAUAAGCAUACCCUCCCUGAUUUGGGGUUUGUGGUCUUCGGGAAAACUGCUCAGAAUAUAAUGACUCCUCAUCAGUGUCAUAUUACAUAUGCCUAAUGAAAUGCAUUAAGAAUAUUCAUAACAUUAAUGCUUCUGAAUAGAAGAACUGCAGAAUUAAGCCUUAAACAUAUACGUGCAUCAGGUUUAACACGCUUAAGACUCAAACUCAGGGUUAAAAUUUUGAUUGGGGUCCUUUACUAAAAUAAAAGUUGCAUUAUAUGGUGUGUUCCCUCCCACCUAUAUAGUACAGCACCCUGUGACUUCUUCAAAACUUAUUAACUACUUGUUAUCUGUUUAUGAAAAAAAGAACUAUGGAGGAGUUUGAGUUAUCAGCCCUUAUCUGUACUUAAAGUUUAAAGACAGCAAAGGCCACAUUUCAGCAUUAUAUGAUACCAAGUUGAGGCCUGUUUCUCCUGACUUAGUUUUACUGUCUCCAAAGGCUUGUAUCAUUGCUAGAGUUAAGACUUACUUGAAAAUUCCCAGGUUGAGUUGCUAUUGCUUUUUAUAUUUUUUUUGCACUUUUCUUUUCUCAUAGAUUUAUCAUUCAAAUAUAAACUCUUCCUUAGCCUUAAUGAAAGGCUGCUUGUUGCUUUCUCAAAUUGAGCGGGGCAGGCUCAUACUGAGUCAGAUUUUACAUUUGAAUGAAGAAAAUAAGGUGAACAGCUUAAAAGCGUAUGGCUUCCUUUCCAUGUAUAUUUGUGAUUUGAUCCUUAUUUUUAGCAAGCAGGGAAGUCUCCACAUAAAACUUUCCUACAGUAGUUCAAAGUAACCUUUGCAAAUCAGUUACGUAUACUUUUACAGUCUACCAUUUUUACAUUAACCGUUCUAAAUAAAUGACUGAGCGUGGACAUUACCAUAGUUGUACCAUCUUUUUUAAAACUACGUUGGUUGAAAGUACCCUUUCUUGUGGUUAGAAUGCUCCCUAUAAUUUGAUUGUCCCUUGUAUACUAACUGGAGGCAAAAUACUCGGAAGAGAUACGUGUAAACUUUUAAUUUUCUACUUCUUGAAAUUUUUUUCACUUUUUAUGUUUUUUGAAUGGAUAUGCUUGUUUAGCUUAAUUUUUAUUUCACUGGAAGUUUUAAAUUUCAAGAAAAUCAAGGAGAAAUAGAAAUCCAUUGCAGAUGUGUAUAUAUAUUUACCACAUCUUGAAGAUUUCCGUUAGUGAAACACAGAAUGGUAGGUGG